AUGAGACGACGUGUCCUGCUAAUGUUGAAGCUGAUCGUGAGAAAGGACCUUGCUGCGAGCAUGAUUCAGACUGCAGAGGUGACGAACGAGAGUGCAGAGAUCCUGAUCGCAAAGGACAACAGCUUCGAGUCUGGUCCUGCAAGUUUGGCUACGUCAACGCUACUCUCGUCCUGGCGAAGUCGAAUGUCUACGCAUUACCAUGGUCUCCCCACGGAACCUCGCGUCUUCUUUUGUUUUACUGAGGUCCCAAAGCAGUGCCCCCAUGCGUGGACGCGGAGUUUAUGCGGUCGAUAUCUGCCAACCGUAGCACAAGUAGGCAAAUUCCCUAGGCAAGUGUCGGAAGCAACACAUAACACAUACCCUGGGCCGCAUCAAAAACGAUGCUCCAGCGACGAACACGCGAGAGAGGUUUGUGUCUACGUAUUCAUGCACGGCAUCGUAGCAAAAUCCCUACGCUUCAUACUCCCAGGACGUGACCUGGAAGCCGGAGGACGAAAGUAUUCUGCAUACGAGAAUGUGCACUAG